UGUACGUUCCAGACGAGUGGGAGGUGGCCCGGGAGAAGAUCGUUCUGAACAGAGAGUUGGGUCAGGGAUCCUUCGGGAUGGUUUACGAAGGUUUAGCUAAAGGCGUGGUGAAAGACGAGUCAGAGACACGCGUCGCCAUCAAGACGGUCAACGAGUCGGCCAGCAUGAGGGAGAGGAUCGAGUUCCUGAACGAGGCCUCCGUCAUGAAGGAGUUCAACUGUCACCACGUGGUGCGUCUGCUGGGCGUUGUCUCUCAGGGCCAACCCACGCUGGUGAUCAUGGAGCUGAUGACCAAAGGAGAUCUGAAGAGUUACCUGCGCUCAAUGAGACCCAAAGACGUACUGAAGCAUUUAUAA